GAGCCCUGUAUUAGAGACCAGUCAGGAAGAAAUUCACUACACGCCGCUUCACAGGAUGGUAAUGUCACCAUCAUCGAGACACUAAUGUCACGUGGUCUAGAUGUCGAUUCAAAAGAUAGUGGAGGAAGGACACCAUUGAUGUGGGCUGCAGCUUAUGGCAAGAUUGAAGCUGUAAAUUAUCUUUUAGACAGAGGAGCCGAUCCCUGUAUUAGAAACUGGUUAGGAAUAAAUUCACUGCACGCCGCUUCACAGGGUGGUAAUGUCACCAUCAUCGAGACACUAAUGUCACGUGGUCUACAUGUCGAUUCAAAAGAUAGUAUAGGAAUUACCCCAUUGAUGUGGGCUGCAGCUUGUGGCAAGAUUGAAGCUGUAAAUUAUCUUUUAAACAAAGGAGCCGAUCCCCGUAUUGGAGACCAGUUAGGAAACAAUUCACUACACGUCGCUUCACAGGGUGGUAAUGUCACCAUCAUCGAGACACUAAUGUCACGUGGUCUACAUGUCGAUUCAAAAGAUAGUAUAGGAAUUACCCCAUUGAUGUGGGCUGCAGCUUGUGGCAAGAUUGAAGCUGUAAAUUAUCUUUUAAACAAAGGAGCCGAUUCCCGUAUUGGAGACCAGUUAGGAAACAAUUCACUACACGUCGCUUCACAGGGUGGUAAUGUCGCAAUCAUCGAGACACUAAUGUCACGUGGUCUAGAUGUCGAUUUAAAAGAUAGUGGAGGAAGGACGCCAUUGAUGGUGGCUGCAGCUUGUGGCAAGACUAAAGCUGUAAAUUAUCUUUUAGACAAUGGAGCCGGUCCCUUUAUUAGGAACCAGUUAGGAAGAAAUUCACUGCACACCGCUUCACAGGGUGGUAAUGUCACCAUCAUCGAGAAACUAAUGUCACGUGGUCUAAAUGUCGAUUCAAAAGAUAGUGGAGGUAGUACACCAUUGAUGGUGGCUGCAGCUUUUGGCAAGAUUGAAGCUGUAAAUUAUCUUUUAGACAAGGGAGCCGAUCCCUCUAUUAGAAACCAGUCAGGAGUAACUUCUCUGCACGCCGCUUCACAGGGUGGUAAUGUCACCAUCAUCGAGACACUAAUGUCACGUGGUCUAUGUGUCGAUUCAGAAGAUAGUGAAGGAAGUACACCGUUGAUGUGGGCUGCAGCUUAUGGCAAGAUUGAAGCUGUAAAUUAUCUUUUAGACAAGGGAGCCUAUCCCUCUAUUAGAAACCAGUCAGGAAGAAAUUCACUGCACGCCGCUUCAGAGGGUGGUAAUGUGGCCAUCAUCACAAAAAUUCUGUCACUUGGUUUGAAUAUUAAUUCAACAGAUGUUGUAGGUCGCACACCGUUAAAAAUUGCAAAAACAUAUGGCAAAACUGAGGCCGUAACCUUCCUACUUAGCGAGGGAGGACAUUAGUUUUUAUUUCUUACUGCUCCUUUAAAAUACGUCGUUCAGGUCCAUAGUCGCGAAAAGAAACGAUUGAUAAAAUUUACAAUAUUGAGUAAGACUGGAUAAUAAUUAAUUCAUAAUACCGCGAGAGAAGGAACAAAUUUAGGCAAGCACAUCGAUUCCCUCUUUGAUUGUAUAAAGUAGAUCACCUGCACACGAUAUCAUCACAAAUUUAACAUAGCUUUACACCCUAACAUCAGUAUUCAUGUUCUCCAUACUGUUCUUGAUACAUUUCCUGAGGUGCUGACAAGGAGAAUUAGCUGAACGAUCCAGAGCUUCUGUAGUUGUUGAUCAUUUCCGUUAUUCUCAUGACCUUAAUGUGUGAUUCAAGGGUGAUAUUGUAAGGAGAAAUUAGAUGCUAGUCACUCUAAUGGGGUUAAAGGGUUAAGUUCAAAUGUUUCACCCUUCAGGCUUCUGUCAUCGAGUUGUAGUUUAUUUCAUUCAAUCAUAUAUGAACUCAAAUGUAGAGCUUUAACCCUUUCACUCCCAAGAUCUCAUCAGUAAUUCUCCUUACUGUCUGUCAUACAACUCUUUUGAUGUUAAUUUUGAGAAUUUGGUAUUGGAUCAACCAAUAUUUCCUUUGUUGAUAUUUUUCUUUAUUCUCAUAACUUGUCUGUUUGAUAUUGUAUUAAUGCUGUAAGGAGAAAUUCUGUCUUGGUUACUUAUGGGAGUUAGAGGGUUAAAGAUGUCCCAUCGAGGAAACAAGAGCUCUUUCAAAAACCCCUUUAACCUGGUACUCUGGAACUUUGUAUCAUAAGUGUUUUAUGAUUUUUAGUAAGAUGCGUAUUUUAAGAUGA